UCUCUCCCUAACAUCUACGUUCGUGAGUCUUGCUCAGUAAGCGCUAUCUUUGUCAGGAUAUCCCUACCACGACUCCAAGGAAGACGAGGACUACGCGCGUGACGGAGAGCGAGGACGACUGCAAAGCCUCUCAACGUGCUGCCAGGUCCAGUGGAGUUCAGUGUCACUUUUCAGAGUCAAGUUCAGUCAUCUACCUCUGUUAAAAUAUCUGGAUUUCACAAGAGAGUUAUAGCCAAUUCAAGCUACGCAGAGAUUCCUGUACUGCUGGACACAUAGGUUUGGUGUCUAACUGAAAGACGUAUAUGGAUCCAUUCAGAAAUAACGAUGUUCGUCCUCCAUUAAGAGAACUAUCUAACAAUACCCUUGAAGGAGGACGUGCUAAUGCAAUGCAACGUAAGAGGGAAAGAGAAAGAGCACGAUAUGCAGCAAUGAGUGAUGAAAAAAAAACGAACUAAAGAAGCGUCGUGAGUCACGCACAAAAGAAAACCUUGAGCACCAUAAGCACUCAAACGAUGAAUGUCCAGAUAUGUCUAUAAGCGACGGAAGCAUCAUUGAUUGUACUAUACCGUGUGAUACCACUCCAGGAGGACGUGAUGAUGCAAGACAACGUAAGAGAGAAAGAGAAAGAGUACGAUAUGCUACGAUGAGUGCUGAAAAGAAAAAUGAAUUGAAGAAGCGUCGUGAGUCACGAAAAAAGGGAAAUGUUAUGCACCAUGAGUAUUCAGAAGUUUGCAACAUCCCUGCAAACAAGGACAACAAUAAUCAUCAAAACAAUGAAAUUGAGGAUGUUGAUGAUGAUUCUUAUCAGUUGCAUAAGAAUAACUCAUUUGAGGUGCAUAGAAGACUUGGCAGUGAAAAACUUUCCACACAUUUGUCAGAUGAAUGUCCACAGGUGUUUGUAAGCGACAGAAGCAUCAAAAAUCUGACUAUACAUUGUGAUAACACUUUAGUCGCAUUGGGUCAGACGAGUCAUCAACAUGAUUCCAAUCAAAGUUCAGAAGUUUUAGAUCCAAGGGAACGUAAGAGAAUACGAGAAAGAACUCGAUUUGCAACUCAAACAAAAGAACAAAGGGCAUUGCGUAAUAGGGAAUCAUGUAAUAAGAUGGCAAGGAAAAACUAUAAAAGAAGACAACGAGAAAUUAAACUCCAGGACUUAAUCGGCAUUGAGGACCCGAAGUUUACCCCGGAGCUUGUGUGGAGUUCAACAGAUGCUGAAGCGCCUCAUGGGUCUCUAUGUAGCUCCGAGGGCAUGGCUAUCCCUGAGUUAAGUCCAACACCUUUCGUUCCUAAUCCAUCACAGACUGAGGAUGUCGAGAAAGACAGUAUGACAGAGUCUCCUAGACGACAAAGACAUAAACGUCAUGUGUCGUCUGGCCAAAGACAGACCCUGGUGUCUCGUCAAAAUCAGAAAUUUCAUUUAGCCAUUGGAACAAACUUCGCUACUGCAACUAGGGAUCGUGUAAUGGAGAAUGAUGUGGAUAAUGAAAUUGAUCAUCAGACUGUUUCAGAGAUCGACAACAAUGAAAGUACCGGUCUAUGUCCAUUCCCUCACACGGAGAGUAACAAUAUGACUGAAGGAGCAGACAUUGGGAUGCAACACCGGGCAGCCCCGACUGUCACUACCAAUGAGGAUGAUGAUGAAGUUGUACUUUUUGAAGAUGACGAAGACGAAGGAUACCUAUUCGCUGGGCAAGAUGGUGAAUCUGGUGAGGAUAUCGAUAUUGAUGAAACACAAGAUGCCUUUACUGUUAUCCCUGACGUACCUGACCCGUACGACAAGGUGUAUAGUAACAUACCUGAAGAAACAUAUUUGUUGAACACUGUUGCUGAUUGCGACUACUGUAAGGCAAAGAAGUUUCAAUAUGAACCACCUGGAUUUUGUUGUCGUAAUGGACAGAUUGAUCUAGCCCCAUUCGAGACACCAUCUCAGCUUAGGAGGCUGUGGGAGUGCGCAGAUGCUGAUGCGAGGCACUUCCGUGAUAACAUUCGAUUUUUUAACGGCCAUUUCUCGUUCACUUCUCUAUACUGUUGCCUUGACAAUAUGACUACUAAUAUGGAUCGUGGUAUCUACACGUUCCGUGCACAUGGCAUGAUGUACCACAACGUAAGGUCGUUUGGUAGGGAAGCUGGGGCGGAACAGAAGCACCUUGAGCUUUACUUCUACGAUGAUGAUCCCAGCCUCGAGCAUAGAUAUCGUAAAUGUCGUCAAGAGCAACUUGAUAAAGACAAGGCAGUUAUUAAACAGUUAGUUGAGAUACUUAAGGGAAACCCAUACUCUGAGCACCUUAGGAGUAUGGGGCACGUUGAUAACAUUGAAGACUACCAUAUUGCCUUGAACCUUGAUCAAACAUUGAACCAGAAGUUAUAUAAUGCACCCAUCACUUCGGAGGUCGCUGCAGUUUGGAUUGAGGGGAGUGAACGUCGAGGUCAAUUCAAUAAUAGUGUUAUGCUGCAUGGGAAGGAUAGGUCAAGCCAUGGCAUCCGUUCAUAUCAUGGAUGCUAUGAUGCACUAUCAUACCCAUUGUUCUUUCCCAAAGGUGAACUUGGAUGGCAUGCAAAUAUUCCGAAGUCCAAUGUUUCCAUGGAUGAAGUAGAGGCGUAUCGUGACCAACACAGGACAAGGGAUGCAAAUGAUGACGAUACAGGUUAGUUGUUUCUUUGUGAGUCUUAUAUAAUCC